ACUCCCAGGAAAUUGGAGUUCCUGGGACCUCAGGCCUGUCCAGUUUGCCGACAUAGCUUGCCCUGAGCUAUAAUCGUUUGCAUUCCACCAAGCAACCUUACAGUCACUUUCCCACACCCUCUCCCGCCCUAAAGCAGCCGUGAUCAUGCGUUCGUUCGUUACCUACUCCCUUGGGCUUGUCGCCGCUGCAAGCUGGACUGUUGCCGCAUUCCCAUCCCUCGAGGUCAGGUACGCCGACCUCGCCGAGCUUCAGGCCCGGCAGGCUCCUGGAACUCCCGAGUACCAGUGCCAUUCCGACUGUGGAUACGCCAUCCUCGGCGCCGACGACGCAGGCUACUGCACCAACUCGACGUGGCUGGGCCUGCUGGACGACUGCCUCGAGUGCGCCAACAAGUUCAACAUCUGGCGCUACUACGGCAACGGCGUGACCGGCGCCGCCAAGGGCUGCGGCCUGGACGCAGUUCCGUCCCCCUCCGGAGGCGAAGCGCCCCCGUCUUCCACAGCCGCCGGCCCAACCAGCAGCGGUGGUGGUGGUGCCCCCGAGACAUCAGCCCCUGCGACUUCCAGCCCGCCUCCCGCGGAGACGACCUCUGCCGCAGGGACGUCUGCAGGGACGUCCGGCGGGUCCACUGCCGAACCCUCGGGCCCCGCUGAGUCCUCGUCCGCCGCUGGGUCGCAGAGCUCCGCGCCCGAGGGCUCCGCCGCGCCGACUGCGUCGUCGACCGGCAGUGGCUCCGCUGCUGGGACUGGUACCAUUCCGUCCUCUUCGGCGCCCACAUCUACCUAUGUCACUGUUUCGGGUGGCAUCAGGCGACAGGACAUCCCCUCUAUUCUCGCCAUUGGUCUCUCCAUGCUCGCUUUGGCUUACUAA